CUCUUCCACGAACAUUCUCUUGUAUAUAUAACACUCAUGUCUUCUUGGAUCUUGUCAUAACUCAUAACACACUUCUUUUCUCUUGUUUACAACCAAGUUCUCCUUUUCUCUCAAAUAAUAAACUUCAAAACCUUUCUUCACGUAAUGGGAAACUACGUUUCUUCAGCUCUAAGCAAAACAACACCGUCCUCUUCUUCUUCGGCGGCGAGAGUGAUUCUCCCAGACGGCGAAGUCCGUCAUAUCCACGAGCCGACUAAAGCCGCCGAGCUAAUGCUGGAGAUUCCUAGCUUCUUCCUCGUCGACGCAAAAUCUUUAAAAAUCGGCCGGAAGUUUAACCCGUUAGCCGCCGAUGACGAUCUUCAAAUCAAAGGCUGCCAUGUGUACAUCGCUUUCCCCAUGUCGCGUGCCACGUCAGCAGCUAACGCUUCGGAUAUGGCAAGAUUAUUCGUAGCCGCCAAGAAACAGCACCGCCAGACCAAAUCUUCCGGUGUCGGAACAGCCGUGAAAAGCUGUCACAGCGGAAGAGUUUCGCCGGACGGAGGAGAAGAUGACGUCAAGAUGGUAUCGGCGGGAUCAAAGCUGAACUUGGAAGAUAUAGAAGAGUUUUCGGCGGCGGAGUUUAUGCAUAGGAUCUCGGUUUCGAAAUCUAAGAAGCCGAAGUUAGAAACUAUAGUUGAAGAAUCUUUGUCUUAACCAACACAAAAUCAAAACAUAAAUGGAAAUUAGAUUUUUUUUUUUAAGUUAUCUUCUUUUAUUAUUUUUAUGUUCAUUUAUCCUCUCUGCGCAAGUUGUUUCUCGUUUGUGGUAUUGAUGAACAGAAAGAGACACUAGUUGAGAAUGAACAUGUGAUCAAUCGCUUCAUUUUUGUGUCCAUUAAUAUGAAAUAUUAUUUUUAGCUA